ACCAGGGUGGGCGGACCAUUUGCCCUCGUAGGCAGACUUGCAGGUCCCUCUGCCCUUCCUCCCUGUUUGUUCCUGCUGGGGCUGGCGAAGGACUUAGAGAUGCUCCAGCGGCUGUUGUUCGGGCGCUGCUCGCUCCCUGGGCUGCUGCUGCUGCUGCUGUGCUUGGCGCGCAUGUGCCCGAGCGCUGCGCAUCGGCAGCCCGUCAACUUGGUGUUCGUGUUGGCCGACGACCUGGGCUGGGGCGACGUCAGCUGGCACGGCUCCGAAAUCCGCACCCCGACCCUGGACGCGCUGGGGGCGGGCGGCGUGCGCCUGGAGAGCUACUACACGCAGCCGCUGUGCACCCCGUCGCGCAGCCAGCUGCUCACCGGCAGGUACCAGAUCCAUACAGGUUUACAGCAUGAGAUAAUUUGGCCGUGUCAGCCCAGCUGUGUCCCACUGGAUGAAAAACUCCUGCCUGAGCUACUUAAAGAGGCAGGAUAUGUUACCCACAUGGUGGGAAAGUGGCAUUUAGGAAUGUACAGAAACGAAUGCCUUCCAACCCGCAGAGGAUUUGAUACUUACCUUGGUUACCUUCUUGGAAGUGAAGAUUACUAUUCUCACGAGCGCUGUGUGGCCAUCGAAGCAAAGAACGUAACUCGAUGUGCUCUUGAUUUUCGAGAGGGAGAAAAAGUUGCAGAUGGAUUUAAAGACAUGUACUCUACUAAUGUGUUUGCAAAAAGAGCAGUAGAUCUUAUAGCUAACCACCAGGCUGAGAAGCCUCUCUUUCUCUACCUUGCUCUGCAAUCAGUCCACGAGCCUCUUCAAGUACCUGAGAAAUACAUAGAGCCAUAUUCUUUUAUCAAAGACAAUAAGAGACGCAAAUAUGCAGGAAUGGUGUCCAUCAUGGAUGAAGCUGUGGGAAAUGUCACAGCAGCCCUGAAGAAGUACGGCCUUUGGAACAACACGGUUCUAAUAUUUUCUACAGAUAAUGGGGGCCAAACGCUGGCAGGUGGAAAUAACUGGCCAUUAAGAGGAAGAAAAUGGACACUGUGGGAAGGCGGAGUGAGAGGAGCUGGAUUUGUUGCAAGUCCUUUACUGAAACGGAAGGGAGUGGAAAGUCAUGACCUUAUCCAUAUUUCUGAUUGGCUGCCAACCCUGGUGAAGCUCGCUGGAGGGUCUACAAAUGGCACAAAGCCUUUAGAUGGUUUUGAUGUAUGGAGAACAAUCAGUGAAGGCGAACCUUCCCCCAGAACGGAGCUGCUUCAUAACAUAGACCCGAUUUUUGUGGAUCCGUCUCCAUGUGCAGGUCUCAGCAACAGAACUUCAUCACAGAGUAAUUAUUUUUCCUGGGAAGAUUCAAUUUUCAAUACCUCCAUACAUGCUGCAAUUCGACAUGGAAAAUGGAAACUACUAACAGGCAAUCCAGGUUGUUCCCACUGGUUUCCACCGCCAUCUUUAUUUAAUGAGUCAAAGGCUCUGUCUUCAGACCCUCCAACAAAGAAACUUUGGCUCUAUGAUAUUGUUAAUGACCCUGAGGAACGAAGUGACUUGUCAGAACAAUAUCCUGACAUUGUGAGAAAGCUCCUUUUGCGUCUCCGGCACUAUGACAAUAACUCUGUUCCCGUGUUCUACCCAGAAAAUGACCCUCGUUGUGACCCAGGAACGACGAAAGCCUGGGGGCCUUGGAUGUAGGAAACUGCUCAGCAGCCUGAGAAAGGUAUAUCCAGGGUAGUCAUAGAGCUGAUUCCCACAUUAUAUUUGUGUACGGUACAUAAAAAUGUGUGCAUCCAUGUGUACAGCAGGGCAAAGUGUACAAAAAUGUUCCAUGGGAAUCAGCCCAUAGACUCAGGCACACAGACACUUCUGACUCGUUUUUUACCUCUUCAGCUUUCACUUCAGUCCAUUGGAUCCAGUUUUUCUUACUCAAAAGCUGUUUGAAGGAUCCAGUUUCACCAUCGGUUGUGCUUGAAGAUCUAUACAAUCAUAAAUCUGCCAUUUGGAUGUUGGUGGGUUUUUUUUUGCCGUCCAUGACAUGUCUCUGAAGCAGAGGGUAAAAUGAUGCCGCCUUCCCAAAGUUCCUGGCCAGCUGGGAAACAUUAUUUCAGUUGGAAAGCUCUGAGUCAUGGGCGGAGGUGGGGGGGACACGGCAGGGCCUUCUAAAUUCUUUCGCAUCUGAAGUCAGAGGCUUGAUUUCAUACUUGCCGGGAGCCAGCUUUUAUCGGAGGCUCACAGAGUUGUAAAGAAAAGGAGAAAGAGGCCAAUUGUAGAGUUCCUUUUCUCUCUCCCCACCUUUACAUUGUGAGUCACUCUGACAGGAGCAUCCCAGAAACUCCAUGAACAGAACCUCUUAGCAGCUACUCACCAAGGUCCUAGCGAUAGCCAAACAUGUCAGCUCUACAUCCAAAAUGUCUUAUUUCCGCAAUAUGAAUAUUGUGAUCCUUUACACAGUGGUGGGCAGGAUGGUGGCGUGGAGAUAUGUACCUGACCUCCUAGCAGGUGAGUUGCUGCUGCUUACCAGGAGGGAGAAGGGCAAGAUAUUGUGGAGGGUUGACUCUGCUGGCACAUUUGCACUGCACCAAUCUUGCGGCCACUGUUAACCUCCCGGUAAGCAGCAGCAGCGACCCAGGUGGCGCUGUGGUUAAACCACUGAGCCUAGGGCUUGCUGAUCAGAAGGUCGGCGGUUCGAAUCCCUGUGACGGGGUGAGCUCCCGUUGCUUGGUCCCAGCUCCUGCCAACCUAGCAGUUCGAAAGCACGUCAAAAUGCAAGUAGAUAAAUAGCUACAGCGGGAAGGUAAACGGCGUUUCCAUGUGCUGCUCUGGUUUGCCAGAAGCGACUUUGUCAUGCUGGCCACAUGACCUGGAAGCUAUACGCCGGCUCCCUCGGCCAAUAAUGCGAGAUGAGUGCGCAACCCCAGAGUCGGUCACGACUGGACCUAAUGGUCAGGGGUCCCUUUACCUUUACCUAAGCAGCAGCAGCAGCUCACCUGCCAGGAGGUGAGGUAGCUGAGUCCACCCCACCAUUCCAUCUGCUACCGCCCUAUAUACAUAUUUACUCAGAACUUUCUGGCCUUUUUUUUUUUUUACACCAAAGGCUCCUGAUUAAACUUAGUAGUUAUGGGAUGAGAGGAAAGGUUCUCUUAUGGCUCAGUAACCAAAUAACAGAAAACUGGGAGCAAUAAUAAUUGGACAAUUCUCACAAUGGAAGUGGGGUUCCCCAAAGAUCUGUAAUGAUACCAGUGUUUUUAAUAUGUCUGUAAAUGAUGUGGAGGUAGGUGUGAGCAGAGAAGCAGCCAAGUUUGCUGAUGACGCUGUAUUGUUGAGGGUACUAAAACCAAAAAGGGACUGUGAAGAGUUUCGGUGAGAACUCCACAAAGUGGGUGGAAACAUAAUAGCGGUUUAUAGAAUUCUGCACAAGGUGGAAAAAGUAGAUAGGGGAAAAUGUAUUGGGAGCAUCUUAAUCUGUGUCAUGGGUUCUUUUUAAAUAAAGGGAUGGUCAGAUGCCAUCACAGGAUGA